GUUCACACAGAGAUCAUGAGCUACAAACCGGACGUCACGUUGAGAUUUUGUAGGACCAGCUCAGGAGGGGAACGACUAGAGGAUGAAGGAGUUACCGUUCUUACUGAUGCCAACGUGUACCAAGAUAGAUUCAAAUAUGACAUUUGGGAGAAUCCUCUUGCUGUAUGGUUUGCUGCGCAGAACGCAGAUCCACAAUUUCCACAACCUGCGCGAGUCAGAGAGAUCUCUCCCGAGUCUUGGCUAUGGACAGAUGCUUACGUCGGAGCGAACGGCUCAGCCUCCAUCACAGCCACUGUACCAGACACCAUUACGUCAUGGGUGGUCAGUGCCUUCGCCAUCAACUCAAACUCUGGACUGGGCGUGGCCCCAACACAAGCUCGCCUGAAAGUCUUCCGACCGUUUUUUGCCAGCCUCAACCUCCCCUACUCUGUGACUCGUGGUGAGCAGCUGGCACUUCAAGCAAACGUCUUCAACUACCUGCCAGACGAUAUGCAGGUACGGGUGACGUUGGCCGCGUCUAAACGUUUCCACAACAUUUUUAUCGACGCCACAGGAAACCAGGAACUGAAACAGGUUGAUGUUGUACAGGAUGUUAUGGUCAAGGCUGGUGAGGCCAAGUCUGUGUAUUUCCCCAUCGUCCCUGCCGACCUUGGUAGAAUUGACGUGGAGGUCAAGGCCCAAUCCACCAAGGCCGCCGACGCUGUGCGCAGACAACUCCUGGUUGAGGCUGAAGGAGUCCCCAACCAAUACAACAUCCCUGUCCUCAUCGACCUGACAGACGGCAAAAAAACUUUCUCAAAGACCAUUGACCUCACUCUGCCUUACAACGUUGUGAAGGGAUCGGAACUUGUUAGAAUUUCAGCUGUCGGUGACCUGAUGGGUCCAACCAUCGCUGGACUAAGCUCCCUGCUCCAGAUACCAACCGGAUGUGGGGAACAAACCAUGCUUGGCCUGGCAGCGGAUGUCUACGUCACAGAUUACCUGGACUGUGUCAACCAACUGAAUGGAGACAUCAAGACCAAAGCCAUCACCUUCAUGGAGAGUGGUUACCAGGGUGUGCUGAGAUACAAACACAGUGACGGAUCAUUCAGUGCUUUUGGUAACAGUGACAAGUCUGGCAGCAUGUGGCUGACAGCUUUUGUAGCCCGCGUCUUCCACCAAGCCAAACGACACAUCUUUGUGGAUGACAACAUCCUCAACGACGCCAUCCUGUGGAUGAUAGAGCAACAAAAUACGGACGGCAGCUUUCCUGAACCUGGGGUGGUACUUAGCGGUACCAAGCAGGACCAAGCAGGGUCGGGGGUCAAGCUAACCCUGUUCGUACUGUUCUCACUACUAGAGAACCGUGCUGACAUGAAGUACCUGAAUGUUGAUAAGGCAAUACAAAAAGCCCUGGCCUACGCUGAACAGGAAGUUGCCAAGUUGGAUGAUCUCUACGUUCUCGCCAUGGCGUCUUACGCUUUCCAACUGGCCGGCAGCAACAUGACCCAAGCUGUUCUAGACAAACUGGAGGCUGAGUCAACUCAGAAGGACGGCAUGAAGUACUGGCACCAGUCAGAUCAACCGAAGAUCAUCACGUGGCAGAGCCCCAACCCCGCCAAGGCCGUUGACAUUGAGAUGACCGCCUAUGUCUUGCUGACCUACACAAAGCGUGGCGACUUGGUUGCAGGCAAGAGCAUCAUGCAGUGGAUCACCAAACAGAGAAACGCCAACGGAGGCUUCAAGUCCACACAUGAUUCCGUCGUCGCCCUGAACGCUCUCAGCGAGUACGCCAAACAGACGUACAGCAACAAAUUAAAAGUCCACAUCACCACCCAGCUGGACUCUGAGACUACCUACACCUUUGACGUCGACAAGACCAACUCACUUCUGCUGCAGUCUAGAGAGAAUACAAAAGUACCAGCUCAAGUUGUGAUCACUGCUACUGGCUCAGGCAUGGCACUUGUUCAGGCUGCUCUAAGCUUCAACGUGCUGUCAGAUAUAAAGCCAGAACACUUUGAUCUAAAAUUGGAAAUCGUAAAGGAGAAUUUCACAUACUUGGAUGUGGAAACUUGCACAAGAUGGUUAGGAAAGGUCCCAGGAAGUGCCAUGGCCGUCCAAGAGUUUGGUAUCCCAUCAGGCUUUGCAGCUGACCUUGACGACUUGACCCAGCUAGACAACCUAAAGAGAGUCGAGACACGAAACAAGGAGGUUAUCCUCUUUUUCGACAAGAUCGGCACGACGCCCGUAUGUUUAAACCUUAGAGUCAGACGAGUUGAUUUUGUUGCCAAGUCCCAGCCAGCUGCCGUCAGGGUCUAUGACUACUAUGAGCCACGCAAACAGGUGACAGUGUUCUACCAAUCACAACUUCUGAAAGACUCAACCAUCUGUGACGUCUGCCGAGAAUGUGAAAACUGUCCACCACCAACUGAACAGAAAGAGGUCGUAAGUGGCGUAUGGGAUAAAUGCAAAGCUAUCUUCGAUCGGUGUGUGGAAAUAAUCUUUGAUAUUAUACAUCUUUUAUAGCAAGGAAAAUCUUAAAUCAAAGAAAACGUGGCUUUUAAACAAGACUUUGUUUGUAUUACUUUCAUUUGUUUAAAUCUUUUACUAACUUGUAUGAAUAUUAUAAAUCGCUUUAUAUUAGCUUUUAAAUACCUAAUUUUCUUUAUUGGUAUAAACUUUAAAACUUACCAACAACGCUUGAAGAAAUUAUUUGCGUUUUAUGCAACAUGUAU